AUGUUGAGUUUAAGGAGGGAUGGAGGGGGAAGUAGGCUUACAGGAGGAGAAAAGCAAGACAAGAUGGGGGUAAGGGAAAAAAGAAAGACUGACUUCUUAUAUUCUUUGAUGAGAGAAGGGGGUAGAGGUGUGUGUGUGUGUGUGUGUGGAGAGAGAGAGGGAGGGAGGGAGAGAGAGAGAGAGAGAGAGAGAGAGAGAGAGAGAGAGUGAGUGAGUGAGUGAGAGAGGUUUCUCCUCAGUAGUUCGCUCUCUCAGUCUGACAACAGCAGCCGUUUUGCCCCUGCUCCGCUGUGCUGAAACUCCACCAGGUUGUGACAGCCAUGUUGGUGGUGUGUUUAAGGCUGCUUUUGCUCCUCCCCCUGGCUUGCUGUGUCCCCUCCCCCUCCAGACCUCCUUCCAGACUCUGUAGACGGUGCUGCGACCACCUGGAGCCUCCAGCUACCACGGGACAAUAUCAGCUGCCUGAGGUCCGCACUGUCAUCAACAUGACCAUCCUCAAAGGUGAUAAAGGAGACAGAGGCGACAAGGGUACACCUGGUAAACCCGGCUUAGAGGGACCCCCCGGCGUCCGAGGACCCAUGGGCUCUAAAGGCACCAAAGGCCAGGCGGGCGCCCCUGGAGACGCCUGCAAGAUCCCUCACUCCUCCUUCUCGGUGGGACGCCGCAAGUCCCUGCACAGCGUGGACUACUACCAGGCGCUGGUGUUCGACACGGUGUUCGUCAACCUCCACGGCCACUUCAACAUGUUCAAAGGCAAGUUCUACUGCUACGUGCCGGGGAUCUACUUCUUCAACAUUAACAUCCACACCUGGAACUUUAAGGAGACCUACCUCCACCUGAUGCACAACGACAAGGAGCAGGUGAUCCUGUACGCUCAGCCCAGCGAGAGGUCCAUCAUGCAGAGCCAGAGUGUCAUGAUGGACCUGGCUCUGAAUGACGAGGUCUGGGUGCGACUCUACAAGAGGGAGAGGGAGAACGCCAUUUACAGUGACGACGUGGAUGUUUACAUCACCUUCAAUGGAUACCUCUUGGCACCUAGCAUCCAGUAAAAAAAUAAAUAAAAUAAAAUAAAAUAAAGGGAAGGGAGUAGGGCUGGGUAACGAAUUCAAUACUUUUUAGGCACUGACCGAAUUGCCUCUUAAGUAUCGAGUUUCAAAAAAUGCCUUGUCAUUCAAUACCCAAUUUCAAUAUCUCAUCAGCAUCAGUGAGCCAAUCAGCAUGCCGCAUGGUUCUACCAAGAUCUAAAAAUGUUAGCGAUUUCUAACGGCUGUCUAACGUUACACGUCGUAUAGAGACACGCCAUAAAAACUAUAUGUUACACAGAGACGGGCUCACGUAGUAGGAGCUGAAAAAUAAAAAGAUCUGUGCCGUAAUGUGUAAUGUUGUAAUUUAUUUUUGCUUUAUGAAAUUGGUAUCGAAAAAAGUAUCGUUUACAAACCGGUAUCAAAGUCAUGGUAUUGGGUAUCGGUACCGGUAUUGAAUAUGUUUGAACGAUACCCAGCCCUAGAAGGGAGGGAAUAACGUGAGGAGUGGCAGAAUCUUUGGUUUUAAUUUUUUUGGUCUUUUUGUGCUGGAUACUGCUUCAUGUCAAGAAAGUAAACAGAGGAGACUGAACUCAACUAAACAGAGGACAUUACAAGUUUGGUGCUUAUUAAAGAAAAACAACCUGAUCAGCUUGGAAUAUACUGUGCUUUCUUAAAUAGGGACUGCCCAAAAAAUAUUAGUAUAAAAAGGAACAAUAAAAAAGAGACAGGUAGCACAGCACACAAUUAGGAAGAAUUGUUUACUUCCUUUGCACUAGAAAUACACUUUUGUACAAAGUCAAUUAUUUUUCCUACUUCUGCACUGUGCUACUUUUCCUCUCCAUUUCAGGGACGUUGUGUAUAAACACAAGUUAUGUAUAUCACGUAUCAGGAAUCCUGCAUCUGUGCAAUCAGUUAUGUAUUAGUGCUAUGCACACAGAAGUUAAAAUGUGUUCGGACGGACUGCUGUCCAUACCUUUAACAAAUGUCUCUUUUGUGCCUUUCAGAAGAACACUUAGCUUUAAAGGUUAGUUCACCCAAAUUGCAAAAAAA